AUGGGUAUCCUCAAUCUAAUCCUCUCCAGCGUCUUUGCCAUCUAUGUCGUAGCGGCUCCUACAGGCUCCGAGCUACGCUCUCCGCUCACCGUUCCCGUUCCCGGCUCUACGACAUACGAUGCUGAUGUCGCAGUAGCCGUCGCCUACGCUCGCUCUCAGCCUUCCUUUGACACUGUCAAGGUGUCUGCUACCACCCCAAAACAGAGAAUGUGUGGCGAGUACAAACCUGCAAACAGGCCUGGAUCCGAAUUUGUAUAUUCGACCGGAGGGUUACUCUGCGCCGAGACAGAGCAUGGCGAGGAAAUGGAACGGUUCACCAACUACCACUGUGGAGUUUGUAUGGUCUUUGAUGAAUCUCAAUGCCAAGGCAGCUUGAUAGGAUACUGGGGUCCGGCUACGCCCCCAAUGGAACUCCCGGGCGACAAGUCCCAUUGGGCCCAUGGCGGCAAGAGCUACUGGUGCGUCUGA